ACUUGAAAAUCAUCAUCAUCAUCAUUUAACGUCCGUUUUCCAUGCUAGCAUGGGUUGGACUAUAAAAUAUUUUCUCUUCACCGAAAUUAAAAAAGUAAAAUGUCUUUUGUUGCGCUGACUGCAGUGUGUACAAGAUGGUUCCGAAUUCUAGCUAAAAUUGGAUUAUAGCAGAGUUUGGAGCGGCUGCAGAUCUUAAGAAAGAUUACAGAUGAUAGGAAUAUAGUGGAGAAAUUUUUGUUUAGAAUAAAAUAUAAAAAUAUACAGAAACGAAAACAUUGGAGAAAAGGAAAAAUUAUUUUAAAAAACGAAAAAAAAACAUCUAUGAGAUGACAAGGUGAAAUGAAAAUGACCAUGGAUUGAUUUUCCUGAUGAAAUGUGAAAAGAUAUUGGCAAAACAAUAUAUCACUGUAAUAUCUGUAAAAUGUCAUUCUGUGAAAAAGGUCAACUCAUUCGUGGAGAAGAGAAGCCAUAUCAAUGUGAUAUCUGUAGUAAAUCCUUUUCUCAAACUUGUCACUUAAUCCAACACAGACGCAUUCAUACAGGAGAGAAACCCUAUCACUGUGAUGUCUGUGGUAAAUCUUUCUCUAUAAACCAUCACUUAACCAAACACAGGCGUAUUCAUACAGGAGAGAAGCCAUAUCAUUGCGAUGUCUGCGGUAGGUCGUUCUCUCGAAAUCAUCAUUUAAACGAACACAAAUUCGUUCACACAGGAGAGAAGCCAUAUCACUGUGAUAUAUGUGGUAAGUCCUUCUCCAGAACUAGGAACCUAACGACUCACAUACGUAUUCAUACAGGAGAGAAGCUAUUCGAUUGUGACAUCUGUGGUAAAUCGUUCACUUUGAAAAGUACUUUGACCAUUCACAUACGAAUUCAUACAGGAGAGAAGCCGUAUCAGUGUGACAUGUGUGGCAUAGCAUUCUCUGAAAGAAGUAGCUUAAGUGUUCACAAGCAAAUUCAUACAGGAGUUAAGCCAUAUCACUGUGAUAUCUGUGAUAAAUCCUUCUCUCGGCAUCAUUACUUAGCCGAACACAGUCGCACUCAUACAGGAGACAGGCCCUAUCACUGUGAUAUCUGUACUAAAUCCUUUUCUACGAGUAGCAACCUGAGCAAACACAGACGUAGUCAUACUGGCGAGAAACCCUACAAUUGUGAUAUCUGUGACAAAUCGUUUUCUACGAGCAGCAGCUUGAGUAAACACAUCCGCAUCCAUACGGGGGAGAAGCCCCAUAGCUGUGAUGUGUGUGGUAAGUGCUUCUCUCAGAAAGGUCACUUAACUGGACACAAACGCAUUCAUGCAGGAGAUAAACCAUAUCACUGUGAUAUCUGUGGCAAAUCCUUCUCUCACAGUCAGCAUUUGAUCAGACACAAACGCAUUCAUACAGACGCUAAACCAUACCACUGUGACAUCUGUGGCAAAUCCUUCUCUCGGAAACAUACUUUGAUUGAACACAAACAAACCCAUACAGGGGAGAAGCCAUAUCGCUGUGAGGUCUGCAAUAAAGCCUUCUCUAGAAAUUUCCAUUUAACUGAACACAAAUACAUUCAUACAGGAGAGAAACCAUAUCACUGUGAUGUCUGCAGUAAAUCUUUUGUUCGAAAACGACAGCUGACUACACAUGAGUGCACCCUUGCAGCAGAAUGAGGCAGGUGAACAUUGUUCUUGAAAUAAAUGUAUUCAUCCGUAAAAGAAGAUAUGAUGGUGUGUGUAAGAACAAUCUCCGAACCACAACUCUCUAUACAUUGAUGACAUAACUAAAUGAUAUUUUUAAUAAAAACUAUUCUUUCAGAAUUCUCA